CAUUUUAAGGAGGGAAAUUGACAGAUCUUAGUAAUUCGCUACUAGAAAUCGACGUUGUACAUUGGACCAGGAAUAUACGCUUUUGAGUUGGACGUUACCUAGACGUUCCCUAUAUGUAUUUCUUGGUCGUACUUAUUAUUUCGCGUUGUUGAACGAACUUAUGGACAGAAAAACUUUUUAGGGGGUAAAAUUAAUUAUUUUAAUCGAUUCAUACCUCGUCACUUUGCAUAUGCAGUGAAUCAAAUGUAAAUUUGCUACAUAUAUGUAGCAAAUUUGUAUAUUUAUUUAUAUAUUCACGGUAUCACAAUCGUUAAGCUUAUUUAAUCGCAACUGACUGCGUUCCCAGCAGAUUCUCUGCUCUAAUAAAUUUGGAAUUGACGCUUACAUUUACAUGGAAGUACUAAUACUUCUUCGGUCAAGCUGUCCUCAAAUGACCAAUUGGUCAUUAACAGAUUACAUGCCAAUUUCUCCGUAAACGAAUUCCGGGAUGUACAGAAAAGCCGGCAUUGCAUCAAUUAAGAGCAAAUCACUUACGCAUUCUAAAUAUAAGGAAAAAGGUGAUGAGUUAGCUGGGAAUCAAAUUACAAAUUUGUCGCGUCAAUAUCAACAAGUUCGUCAGUCUCUUGAGUUAUUCGCCAGUAAACACAGGAGCAAAAUUAAGGAUGACCCACGAUUACGUUCACAAUUCCAGGCAAUGUGCAGUAGUAUUGGUGUUGACCCUCUAGCAUACAGUCAUGGGUGUUGGUCGGAAACGCUUCGAUUGGGAGAAUUUUAUUACCACUUGGGGGUUAAAAUUAUUGAAGCUUGCAUGGCACAUCAAAAGCAUACUGGAGGUAUCAUCCCACUACGCGAAUUGGUGUCUUUAUUGAACAAAAAUAGAUCAAAAUACGAAUCAGAAAUCAGCGACGAUGAUGUAAAGAGGUCGAUAAAAAAGCUUCGCUGUUUAGGGACAGGAUUCAGCCUCAUCAGUUUGCCUGGUGGUCAGUCAUUAGUCCAGUCAGUCCCAGGUGAGAUGAGUAUGGAUCAAACUUUGGUGUUGGGUCUUGCAGAAAGUUCUGACAGUCACGUAACAGCGUCGGCUGUGAUGAAUAAAUAUGACUGGACCAAGGAUCGUGCAGAUGCUGCUUUCCAUCAUUUAGUGCAAGAAGGCAUUGCAUGGGUGGAUGAUUUAGAUCCUUGCGGUGAGAGAGUAUUUUGGUUCCCCAGUUUGAUGGAUGCAACUAUGACAUGUUAAGUGUAAAUGAAACCUUGUAACUUUUUUUUUAUCUCUCUUCCUAAUAAAGUAGUAUUUCUUUAAA